CCCCUCGCCCCUUGGCUCCUUGCCAUCUGCCUGUCCCUGUUCCUCGCCGACAGCAUCCCGCUGCCGUUGUCUCUCCUGCCGACUUGGCUCCGAUAUGGUCGUCAGCACCCACGACUCGGACGACAUGCUCGGCAUCGAGGUCCAGCCUAUCGAGUCGAUGGAGGAGGAUGCCGAGAUGGUCGAGGUGUCCGCAGUCGAGCCCGAACCUGUUCAGCCCGAGCCAGCUCUGCCCGCCGACCCCUUCGACCCUUGGGUCCAUCCGGUCGAAGCCUUCAUCCGGAUGGCCCGCGACGAGCCCGAUGCCCUCUGCAUCAACACCUACGAGAGCGGCGAGUCCGUGCGCUACUCAUACCGCGAUGUGUGGAAACAUGCAUACUCAAUCGCCCAGGCUCUCAAGGCUCUCCCUGGCUGGAACGACGACGGCCACGAUGCCAUCGGCACCUUCUGCGAAGGCGAGGCGCACUGGGUGUUCUUCUCGCUCGCCGUGUGGAUGCUGGGCAAGAAAACCCUCAACUUUGGUCUCAACUGGCCAUCGGCUGUCCGAUUACACUCGGUCAAGUACAUCCUUCACCACUACACCAAGCCUGGAAGGACGGAAGGAGUGACGUUGGUGGACGGCGGCACUUUCCCGAUGCUCAGCGAGGUCCCUGCUCCAUCGCUCGAGCUCAGUGAGGCUCUCGACGACUUUGUCACCAUCCAGUGCACCUCGGGAACGACAGGCAUCCCCAAGUCGUUCCAGUUUGCACACACUGGAGGGAUAACUGCUCGAUCUUCUAUAGGAAUAACAAAGUGUAGAGUCGGGCUUUUGCAGGCACCAUCAUUUGUUGCGGCCUUGGGAUUCCUCCUUUGCUCCGUCAACCUAGGAGGAUCUGUGUGGAUUCCAAGGCGGGCAUUCAAUUCUAUCGACAAUGCAAACAAUAUCGUUCAGUUAUUGAAGGACGGUUUACAUUAUUUACAUAUGAUUCCCUCGUUCUUGAAACUGAUCAUCGAAGCCUCCAGGUCCAGGAACCCGAUCGUUAUUGAGUUGAGGACGAAAGUCAUCGGACUGGGCUCCGAGCUUAUUCCCAUGAGUGUCAUUCACAUGACGAGGGCGAGAUUCCCAAACGCUGAUAUUCAGUCGGGAUAUGGAUCGAGUGAGAGCGGGAUCCUCGUCUUUGCCGUCGACCCCGACCAUCCCGUCCGCAACCACCCCGACUUUGUCAACGCCGAUCCCAACGACAGACUGGCCUCCUUUGGCUUCCUCAGCGACGGCUCGCCUCGUGUCUGCACCAUGGACUGGGUCGAGAUGGUCAGCGAGAACGAGUUUACGGUCGUUGGAAGAUUCGACCAGAAGAUCAAGGUCAACGGCGUCUAUGUCGACCUGAACCAUCUCGAGGCCCUGGUCGUCCAGCACCUGAGCCACACCAUCGCCGACUGUGCGUUUGUCCAGACCUCCGAGAAGAAGAUCGUGAUGCUGUAUGUUCUCCAGGCCCGCCCCACGACCCGCACCGAGCCCAGCGUCGUUAUCCGGAUGACCCAGGAUCUGCUUGCACUCGUCAACGUCUCCAAGGUGCCGAUCCACAACUGCUUCCAGCUCGACGAGAUCCCCAUGACCGAGAUUGGCAAGCGCGACCUCAAGAGGAUCAAGUGGAUCGCCGAGAACAACGAUCUGCACCAAGGAUCCGUUGUGUAUCCCCGUCUCGCCCCCAGCGAUGCCCCGCUGUUUCGCAUCGCGGCUGCAAUCUCCAGCCUCGGCAGCCAGCUCCUCGGGAUUCCCUCUCUCGACGGCCGCAACUACAGCAUCAGCGGAGCUGGGUUUGACUCGCUGAGUGUCGGCCGCCUGGCCCUCGCAAUCAAGGAAGAGUACGAUGUCGAGAUCUCGCCGAUGAUGCUGCUCUCGAACGGCCUGACGCCCCUCGAUGUCGCCCAGCUGGUGAUUGAUCUCCAAGGCAACCACCCGCUGAUGCCGCCGACAGUCGACCUCGACCAGGAGGCCGCCCGGCUCGACGAUGCGAGUGUGACGGCCGAGGGUCUCCCUCCACUUGUCUUUCCCGAGUCGCCUCGCGGCAUCGUCCUGACGGGGGCCACUGGCUUCCUCGGAUCGUUCCUGCUGUACGAGCUGGCUGCCAAGUUCCCUGCUGCCAGGAUCUACUGUCUGGUCCGAGCCGCGAGCGACCAGGUUGCCAUCGACCGCAUCUUUGAGACAGCCAGGAAGCUGAUCCUCAACCCGCAGCAGACGCACUACCUCGUGAACAAUGUCAAGCCGCGACUCGUUGGUGUCUGCGGCGAUCUGUCGCUCGACCAGUGGGGACUGACCAACAAGCGAUGGAAGAAGAUCAGCAAGGAGACCGACAUGGUUGUGCACUGCGGCGCCGAGGUGCACUGGCUCGACGACUAUGAGGCGCUCAAGGGGCCGAAUGUCCUGGGCACGGCGACGGCCCUGCGGCUGGCCACGACCCACCACUUGAAGCCGCUGCACUUCAUCUCGGCGGUCGGGGCGAUUCCCAUGGCACGGGGUGCAAGGACGCCGCUCGAGGAGAGGGUGUAUUCCAACUGGAACGUCUCUGGCGGGUAUGCACAGACCAAGUGGGUCUCUGAGCAGCUGAUCAACAAGGCACGAUCGAGGGGAGUGCCUGCGACGAUCAUCCGACCAUCGCUGAUUGCAAGCGACAGUAUCUAUGGAGUGUGCCACUCGGACGACUACAUCUGGCAGUACAUCAAGGGGUGCAUCCGCAUCGAGAUCGCUCCCUCCAAUGCCACCCCCGUGAUCAUCACCAUGAAUCCAGUCGACCAUGUCGCCAAGGUGGUCGCUGCGAUCGCAGCCUCCGAGGUGGCCCUGCCCAAGUUUGUGUUCCACAUCAGCGACCCAGAGCGCAGCGUCGUCACCGAGACCAAACUGUUCGAGAUCGUCAAUGCCUAUGGCUGGCCUGUCAUGUUCGAGACCCGCGAGCGAUUCAAGGCCCUGCUUUACCGACCGUCGCUGCCCAACGGCUCGUCGAUGCUGACGCUCAUGCAUCUGAUCCUGAGCAUGUCCUUCCUGGUCGACAACACCAACACCCGGUCGAUCUAUCCGGCCCUCGGUUCCCAGGCCGGGAGGAUCGCCGGGCGAGGGCUGCUGUACCUGACCCACAUCGGGUAUCUGCCACCUCCUCCGAACCCUCCGUCGCCGCUGAGACCCGAGGAGCACCCGCGGCCCAACAUCUUCCGUCCCGACACCCACAACUAGCUCGGUGGUGGAGGUCACUGCAUGUUUGGCAGUGCCAUUCAUGGUGCAUCCCAUGCACAGCCAUGGCCCUCCACUUGCACGGUGCUUCACAUCUCCCUGACACACAUUCCUGAUCUAUCGCUUCGGAGUCAGUGCACGAUAUCCAGUGCUUGCCGAUGUGUCCCACUCUCACCCCGUCCACAUACCCCGAUGUCGCCCCAGUCGCCCUGUCGGCAAUUGGCUGUCUGUCCUGGUCAAUAUCACAGCCAUCUUGGAUUCUCCAUGCGAC